CCAUUGAAUCGGAAGUUCCUAUUGACUGUACCUUAAUGCAUAUAUUAUCUUAAAUUUUGAAAAAUAAAAGUACAAUUUUUUAUAUUAAAAAAAAUCUUCAUGUGACGACAAAAGUUGCGAAUUUGAGAAUAUUUUCCACAUAUUUCUGUAAAUGUAAUUUUAUUUACUUGAAAAAUGGGUAUUCUAGAAAAAAUAUCUGAAAUUGAAAAGGAAAUAGCCCGAACACAAAAAAAUAAAGCUACUGAAUAUCAUCUUGGAUUGUUGAAAGCAAAAUUAGCUAAAUACAGAUCUCAACUUUUGGAACCAUCAAAAAAGAGUGAAAAGGGUGAAGGUUUUGAUGUUUUAAAAUCUGGUGAUGCGAGAGUUGCUCUUAUCGGUUUUCCUUCCGUUGGAAAAUCUACAUUGUUAAGUACUUUGACCCAUACAGAAUCAGAAGCAGCUUCUUAUGAAUUUACAACUCUCACUUGCAUUCCUGGAGUUAUUGAAUAUAAAGGUGCUAAUAUUCAACUUCUCGAUUUACCAGGGAUAAUUGAAGGAGCAGCUCAAGGAAAGGGAAGAGGUAGACAAGUAAUUGCUGUCGCAAGAACAGCUGAUCUAGUUCUCAUGAUGUUGGAUGCUACAAAGCAAGAUGUUCAGCGGCAACUUUUAGAAAGAGAAUUGGAAUCAGUAGGUAUCAGAUUAAAUAAACAAAAGCCAAACAUAUAUUUUAAGAUUAAGAAAGGUGGCGGACUUUCUUUCAAUUCAACUUGUCCUCUCACAAGAUGUGAUGAAAAACUAGUUCAAAUGAUUCUUCACGAAUAUAAAAUAUUUAAUGCUGAAGUUCUUUUUCGAGAAGAUUGCACUGCAGAUGAACUGAUUGAUGUUAUUAAUGCCAAUCGAGUUUACCUUCCUUGCCUUUAUGUAUAUAACAAAAUUGAUCAAAUUUCAAUAGAAGAAGUCGAUAGAAUCGCAAGGCAACAAAAUAGUGUCGUAGUUAGUUGUAACAUGAAACUCAAUCUAGACUUCCUGCUGGACACUUUAUGGGAAUAUUUGUCUCUUAUAAGAGUAUACACUAAAAAGCCAGGUCAGCCUCCAGAUUUUGACGAUGGACUAAUUUUGCGAAAAGGAGUUACAGUUGAGCAUGUUUGUCACUCUAUUCAUCGCACUCUGGCGCAACAGUUUAAAUAUUCUCUUGUCUGGGGUACAAGUACAAAAUAUUCACCUCAAAGAGUUGGUCUGCAACACAUUAUGCAUGACGAAGAUGUUAUACAGAUAUUAAAAAAAUAAAAUUUACGUCUUAUAAAUAGAUAACUUAUUUGAAUUACAUUCUGAUUUAAUCAUUUGUUUGCAAUUUACUUUUAAUAAACAACUUGAACAUUUGAUACAUAA